AUGUCGGGUAAAAAGAAGGUAACAUCCAUAAGCAAUUGCGAAGCUUGUGGAUACUUCUUUCUGAUAAAAGAUGAGAAGAGACAUCACGAUUUUUGUAAAAAAUCAUUGGAAGAAUGGGAGAUUUCUCUUGUUCGAAAUCGUAUCGCUAUGAAAGGAUUUAUAACAGUCAUCGAGAGAAUGAACGAUUACUUACCCCCUGAUGGAAUAGGAUGGACAAAAACAAAUUCCAUAUUGAUAAGUCCUCAAACAAUGGAGUUACUGGGCGCUCUUCCUCGACAACCAGUCAAGUUGACAACCAGAGAUAGGACAAUAAUUGGAACAAUUUGGCCAUGCAAGGAGUUAGGUGUUAUGAAAAUCGGUUUCGCUUCGAAAGAUAUCAAGAUUGAUGCUUUCGCUACCAUGGAACUUAUUUGGGAGUUCAAGAAGGUGAAGAGACUUCAAAUCCGAGUUCCAGAUCAAUAUAGAUCCGAUAUAGCAUUGCGGGAGUUUUUGGAAAUGUACCUGAGUCAUUCAUAUGUGGUCCCUGAUAUCCCUAUCAAUGUCAGAUAUUAUGGAAAUAGUAUUGAACUUAUGCCUGAAUUACCUUUGGAAGAUUCAAUCAAUAAUAUGUCUCUGUGUGAAGGAGAGAUUCCUUCCACUCCUGUGCUUUAUGUAGAGAGUGAUUGUACACUUUGCUUCGAUGGUGUUGACUCAUCAACUCCACCAGGAUCAGCUAUCGAGCCUGUAUUCACCCAAAUAGGAGGAAUGGGUGAGGUUAAACAGAUUCUCAUGGACAAUAUCAUCAAACCGUUCAGAAUAAGUAGGACAGCUUGUUCUGUUUUGAUGUGGGGUUUGCCUGGCUCAGGAAAGACAUUACUGCUGAAGCAAUUAGCUCAAAUUUUGGGAAAUUGUGCUUACUACUUUGAGUCAUUAGAAGAUUUCCACGAGAGGAACACCUUGAUAGCUCCGGAAUCUAUAGUGAUAUUGGAUAUCCCGUUGUUGGAGAAGGAUCACAAAGGCUAUCCUGCGAUCAAUCGAUUACUGAGAAAUGGAAAAGUUGCUGCUGUGGUUCUGGCAAUUCAGCAAGCAGAGGAUCUAGAACUUAGUGUUCGUGUACGUUUCCCUAUAGAGGUGGAAAUUCCAGUGCCCAUCGAGUCGGAUCGGUUAGAGAUUUUGUCUAUAUUGCUCCAACAACCUGUUGACGGUGCCAUGAGAGAACUCGCCAGAAGAACGCAUGGAUUCACUGGGAGCGACUUGAAUUCAGUAGUGGUUGCUUCACGAUUUGCCAAAGGAUCUGAUAUCUCUGAGAAACUGGAGAAUGCUCGGAAACGGGUCAGACCUACUGGUAUUCGGCAGUUCAUUCUGGAGGUUCCUGAUGUCAAAUGGUCAGAUAUUGGAGGAAACGAAGAAUUGAAAUUCGAAAUCCAACAAGCUGUCAUAUGGCCACAACAACAUCCAGAAGUUUUCGAACGCUUUGGAAUUGAUCCACCUGCAGGAAUUCUACUUUACGGACCUCCCGGUUGCAGUAAAACAUUAGUUGCUAGAGCUCUUGCUAAUGAGUCCAAAAUGAAUUUCUUGGCUGUAAAAGGUCCUGAGCUUUUUAGUAAAUGGGUCGGUGACUCUGAAAAAGCCAUUCGAGAGCUUUUUGCGAGAGCAAGACAAGUAGCUCCGACUAUUGUAUUCUUCGAUGAGAUCGAUGCUGUCGGUGCUUCGAGAGGAUCAGAGAAAAGUUCUGGAGUCUCUGAUCGAGUACUCGCUCAACUUUUGACCGAGCUUGAUGGCUUGGAAAAAGCUAGUGGAGUUAUUCUUCUAGCAGCCACGAAUCGUCCAGAUCAAUUAGAUUCUGCUUUACUGCGUCCAGGUCGUCUCGAUCGUUCGAUUCAUGUUGGCUUGCCGACUCCCUCAACUAGAGUAUCCAUUCUGAAUAUGCGAAUGCGUAAAAUGAAAUUGAAUGAUGAUGUGGAUAUUGAAAUGGUUGUGAAGAAAACAGAAGGUUAUUCAGGAGCAGAGUUAGUCGCCCUAUGUCGACAUGCAGCAUUAGUUGCUAUGCGGGAAGAUAUCAAUGCUGUAAAUGUGUGUUGGUCACACUUCGAGGAAGCAUUCAAAGCCAUAGUUCCUCGUACGGAAAAAUAUUUGUUGGAUAUCUAUGAGCAAUUUCAAGAAGGGUGUUUCUCGAAUUGA